AUGUUCAAAAAAUUUCAGAAAGAUAUCAAUGAACUCGAGUGUAAUUAUUAUUCACAAGAAAGUUCAUUGCAAACUAUAGAUGACAGUAGCGCUACAAUUCUAUGGUGGCGAAUUUUCGAUAAAAUUUUACUGCAUAUUCGGCAUACAGAGAUCACAAAAGAUGAGCUUGUUGGACUUUGUCGAUCAUGGUUCUGCAAGAAUCAUACUCAAUUGCGAUUGAUCGAUAAAUUCAAUCUUGAUUAUGAAUCAUAUAAAGCAAUAUCGUGGUAUACUCGCGAUAGCUUCUUUUAUCGGUUGUUAAAUCAAACACUACGAAGAGACAAAUACUUGAAUAGUAUAUUUACAUGGCGAUUAGUUCUUACAGACAUCAUGUCUGAAUUGAUGAAGACAGCUCAAUCAACAUUUUUUGGUCGUUCUAAUUCUCACCUUAUCGUAUACCGAGGCCAGUAUAUAUCACUGUACGAAUUAGAAAAAUUGAAAAAUGCUCAGGGCCAAUUACUAUGUUUCAAUCAGUUUCUCUCGACUUCUUUGAACUUGGAUAUUGCGCGGCGCUUUCUCGGUGAUUCACAUUCCAGUGAAUCUAUUGUAAGGUCUGUGCUAUUUGAGAUCGAGAUAGAUUUAUAUAAUAUUACCGAUACAGCACAUCGUUUUGCGGAUAUUUCAUCGUCCAGUUAUUUCGCAGAAGAAAAGGAAAUAUUGUUUUCAAUGCAUUCAACGUUUCUAGUGAAAUCUGUAGAAUUGAAUGACGAAAAUAUUUGGCGAGUUCAUCUAAAAUAUGAAGAUAACAUAUGGAAUACAGACUUCGGCGAAAGAAGUAUUUUCAGCCCACAUGCAGAUGAAAUCUUCAUUCGAAAUUUAUCCAAAGAGAAUAAACAAUUUAUUGCUUUUCAAGUGCUAAUAGAUAUGAUACUUCGAUUAGAUCAAAAUAAAUAUGCCAAAGAUGAACUUUUAGAAUUUUGUCGAUCGAAAUAUGAAAAUGAACCCAUAGAAAUGCGGAAGAUAAAUGAUUUUGAACAAAACUAUGAAUCAAAAGAUGCUGCAAAAUGGUAUACAAAAGAUAGUUUUUUAUAUCGUCUAUUAAAUACAAGUCUUCGUAUCGAAACUAUUGAUUCUAUCGUCAAAAUGAGAUAUUAUAUUCAUGAUUUACACAAUCAAUUAGCUGCAUUACAGUUAUCUUUUAUUGAAUCAUUGAAUGGACAAAUGAAUUUAAUAUUAUAUCGUGGUCAAGUCAUGAAAAAGAAUCAAUUAAACGAAAUUCAAGACAAUAUUGGUGGUUUUAUUUCGAUAAAUAGUUUUUGUUCAGUAACACAGGAUGAAAGAGUUGCUCUUGCAUUUUCUAGUAUGGGCAAAAACGUAAAUCCACAUGAAGUAUCAGUAAUCUAUGAAAUGACUAUCGAUACGAACAUUCGAUCAACAUCAUAUGCAAAAAUUGACACUCUCAUUCCAGAUGAACAAGAAAUUUUAUUUUCCAUGGGUGCUACUUUCAAAAUUGGGAAAAUCGAUGAAUUAAAUGCUAAAAUCUAUUCUGUUAAAUUAACGAUGAUGCAUAUUGAAGAUGAACUAUGGAAUAAAUUAAUAGCACAUCUAAAAUAA